AUGUCGCUUUUCGGCGUUUCCAGCUUUCGAGCGGCGCGCGCGCUUCUGGCGAGUGGUUCUGGCCGCUUCGGCAUAGUCCCUGUCAGUCGCGAAUUGACACGCGGCUCGGUUAGGAACAUCAGCAAGAGCGCUCGUCCUCGAAGCAUUGCGUCCGCCCAAGAAGUUCCCGCUGAUGAGAAUGAAGCUCAACCAGCGCCGUCCCCCGUGCUCCCCAGAAAGGGACGAGGUCUCGAUGGUUUCCCUAGCAGGAACACCCGUGGCCGACCUUCACAAGAUUCGAGCAGGGUUCGCUCUGAUAUCAUUCGGAAGCUCUGCAGUAUUCCCGAAAUUGGGCCGGUGUCUGCAGAAAUGCUGUAUGACGAUUACAACGUCCGCACACUUGAAGACCUUCAGAAGCCUAACUUGCCCUUGAAGAAGAAACAGCGACUCCAGAUCAAGUAUCAUGAAGAUUUUGGAAGGCAGAUUCCGAGGAGCGAGGUCGCGGAGUGGGAGCAAGUGCUCAAGACGACGACCGCCGGUCAUCCACACACCAACAUCACCUUGGCCGGCGCCUACCGUCGUGGCCUCCCGUCAUGCCCCGACAUCACAGUCGUUGUGUCCCACGACGACGUAACGUCUUUUGAAGGCGACGACAAAUGGAACCAACUGCAUAAAGCCGCCACCAGCCUGCACGGCCUCACAAAAGACUUGAAAGCGCGCGGUGUAGUGCUCUCAGAGAUUGCUGGGGAGAUCGGGGAUUUGAAGUUUGUGGCCGCCGCAAAAUCUCCAGGAUCGUCAAUCUACCGUCGGGUUACGUUCUUCUUCGCCGAGAAAGAUGCCUACUACUGCACGUUGCUGGCCGCCACCGGUCCGUACCCUUUCAAUCGUGCGAUGCGAAUUUACGCCUCCCAGAUUGGCUAUAGUCUCGGGGAAAAGGUGUUGAGGGAGAAGGGAAAAAGAGGGAAACUGGGCGACAUAGUUCCCGUCGAAAGCGAGGAAGAGAUCUUCAAGACUUUGAAGUUGACUUACGUCAAGCCAGAAGAUCGAACCUCCAAGAGGUUUCCGUAG